CCCCCCCCCUAGCUCUUUGUAUUGUUUAUUAUUUUCAUUUCAUGUCAUUUUGUUGAACAGACCUGCUUGGUGUUUAUCUUUCGCCGACCUCUUUAUGCUUCUGUUACAGAGUGCUGAGCCCUAAAGGUAUUAAGUUGUGUAUUCAGUUCAGUAUCACCCCUCACCUUUGGUUGUUUUCAUUGUUUUGUGGUUCAACUUUGCCCCAGGGCAGAUGAGACGACGAACCAAAAAAGGGCAAGAAUGAAAGAUAUGUACGGUUUUUUAAAUGCUGUUUCAAAACUCUUCCACACACAUCCUGCUAGAAGCAAAUCGCUUGCAACCAGUCAUAAAAAUGGAGCUAGAUAAAAUCACAUCUUUCCUUAUCGGGAAAGAUAUAAAUCAGAUGUAAUUCAGCUUAUUUAAACUCCCUCCAAGCCUUUUCCCUCCUGCCUAAAAGGCAAUGUAGCACUUUUUUUGAAAGGUAGCCAUGUGUUGUUCCCUUUAAGAAAACUUAUCCCCGACAUAUUUGAGCUAGGUGUGCUCUCCUUAGAGCACUAUAGAACUGUUUAAUUUAUCUAAAGCGUAGUACUUCUAAUCACUCCAAUUGUGUGGACGAUCCUCUUUGUAUCAGUGUGACUGAAGUUUUUUAUUUUGUAUUAUUUUAUAUUAUUAUUAUUUUAAUCUGCCAUCUUUAUAAGGGAUGGCACGGUUAAGUUGAACUUUGUACAUUUGUGUUUAACUUCAAAUGAAACCAUUCAGAAUACAGUUGAAGUGUAUCUUUAUAAAGAGGCCGACAAACAGUGUACUUUGAGACCGGUAUGAGCAGAUGUGUGGGAGCACAUGUGUAUUGUACUUCUCAUAGGAGAAGAGGAGAGGUGUGUUUGAAUAACACGGUCUACUCUCAACAUGUGCCCUGCUGCCGCCCUCUUUUUGUUGGCUGAGGAACACGUUUUUCCCAAAAGUCCCAAUAUUGGAACAAAAAAUGUAAGUGUUUCCUUCCUGUCUCUGGUGCGGGAACAAACGAUUACGAUUUCUUUGGGCAAGUAAACACGACAUUGCUUCUGCUUUCUCAAGUGAGUCCUCUAUGACGUGUUGUGUAACACAGAACAUGGCGUGUUGUGUAGAUAAUUCAGGGCAUUAGCAGAGCCUGUUGGGUUGACCCUUUUGUGUCUCGCUAAAUUCCAAGAAGUAGCAAGAUCUUUUUUCUUUUUCUUUUUUCAUGCGACGCAACUUCGACGGCAGCCUGGUGUUGAUCUCUCUGAGAUCUUAUUGAUAAUAUGUUGAAACUUGUUUUGAAGUUUAUGGUUUACAGAAAUGUCCCUCGUUCUGCAAACAACAAUCAAACCGAUCAAGCGAACCUCGACGUUCACCGCGCUCUCCCCGUUCAAACCGUUCCUAUGUUUAAAAAGUAAACCUUUCGGGUUCAGUGUUUUUAUUAUUUGUUCUAGUUUCUUGUUUUGUUUGGUCAUUCUUUUUGGAUUAGGGGAAGUUGCACAGCUGCUAUAUAAUAGAUGCGGUGGAAUGGCCUUCUAUCUAUUAAUAGAUUAUUGCCAUAUUAUCAAUAACAAGAGAAGGUGCAAAAUUGAUUUCAAGAUAUUCAUAUUGGCUGUAAAAAAAAACACAACAAAGUUUGUAUUUAUUGUGUACAAAUGUUAAUAAAAAAUAUGGGAAAAAUUAUAUUGUGUGUGUGUGUGUGUGUGUGUGUGUGUGUGUGUGUGUGUGUGUGUGUGUGUGUGUGUGUGUGUGUGUGUGUGUGUGUGUGUGUGUGUGUGUGUGUGUGUGUGUGUGUGUGUGUAAUCGGCGAUCUUGAGUAUACAUGCAUUUGUGUUUAGUACGUUCAGCCCUCCUCCUCUAGGAUGGGCGUGAUUGCCCUUCAAGGCACAGCAAGCCCAUAGAACAGAACUUCCUCCCUACUCCAGGACACCAGCAUGGGGAAGAGAGGCAAGCGGUCCAUAUCUCUAGUGUUCAACCUAGAUUUAAAAGCUUUAUGGGUGGUAACGUGUAUUGUAUCAUGACAUGAAUCCUCCACACUGAAGCCUGUUUAUUGUUUAUUUUUUCCAAUCAAAACCUUUGAGACCCCGUUCUGAAGAGGGGGAAUGGAACAGUCUUCGCUGGGAUCACGGCCCUGCACCUCCUGUGUGAAGAUCUACCUGAUCUCCAACCCAGAAGAUUCGGUGGUGGAGCGCAGGGCAUUGAGGGAAACUGUGUUCCCCAGACUACGAGAGCACUGCAGGAACACGCAUGGACUAGAUCUCAUGGUGAUUGACCCGUGUGAGUCCAGUGAUCCAAGGAGAUGGCCAGACCAGAGGACCAGGCAGCAGCUGAUAUACGAAUGUCAAAACAACUCCAAUGGCCCCUACUUACUGACACUGGUGGGACAUCAGUACGGCAGGGCCGGCCUGCCUUCUCAGGUGGAGGUGGCAGAGUACCAAAUGUUGCUCCAGGUGUGCCAGCAUGCAGGAAUCACGACCAGUGCCCUGGAGGAGGCUUACCUGAGGGACGAGAACUCCAUCCUGCCCUCCUAUUGUUUGCGGACGCGGGCCUGUCGAAGCGAAGGCCAUGUGGAGAGCAACGGAGAGGUAGGGGAGGAAGACCAGAGUAAGAGGAGGGAUAAAGGAGAGGAGGCGCUGAAAGUAUUUCAGACUGCACUGGGUCUUUGUGUCCGUGACGGCCUAAUGACGCAAGAGAGAGCCCACAACUAUCUAAGAUCAGAGCUCGAUGCAGAUCUACGACUGGCUCUGCAGGAGGGCUCUGGUGAUGACAUCAUGAGUCGCUGCCUGGUCUAUGUUCACAGAGUCCGCAAUGCAUGCAACCAGAAGAGUGGAAAGAAGCAGAGUCAUCCAGACCAAGACCCACUACUCACUCCACAUUUACUGCCGUCUGGUGACCACUUCCUGUCGCAGCUCUGUGAUGACUUCCUGCCGAGCCUGAUCACUUCCUCUAAGCUCCAGGUGUACACCACAACCACGGAAUGCAACAGUCAUCACGGUUUCACCACGGCCAGGCGGCGAGCCUACACAGAGCCUCUGUGUCUCCAGGUGUACUCGGACCUGGUGGACCUGGUCGACCGCCGUAACCCCUUACCUGUCCGUCACCUUGACGACGCGUUGGCCCAGGAGAUGGCCGCCCAGCAGGAACUGUCUGGCGUCUUCUCACGUCUUUAUGACGUCACUCGCCCAGAGGCGGAAGAGAUAAAAACCUACUUGGUGGAGAGGGCUAAACAGUGCCCGCUAGUGGUGGGAGGCGGGCCGUGCACUGGGAAAACAGUCCUGCUUGCACACUGCUGCCAGCAGGUAAAAUCAUGGCUAGCUGAUCAAGACCCAGUGAUCAUUCCUUACUUUGCUAACAUAACAAUUAACCCGUCCCUGAAGCACAUCCUCUCCCUACUCUGCUAUCAAAUAGUGUGCUGCUACAGACAACCACAUGACGUCUCAUCAGACCUCGACAUCUCCAAAGGCCUGCCCUCUAACCUGGAUUCAAACCAUGAACCUUGUAGUGCAGAGAACCACCAUUCCAACCCUAAUUUACGCUCUAGAACUGAUCCCAAGCCCAAAGACCCUAAUCCUCCAGAACCCAGACCCAAACAAAGUAUCCCCAGACAAUAUUUUGAACCUGAUCUCUCUCAAUCUUGGCUCAAAGAUCACCUCUCCUCACUCCUCUCCAGUUUUCCUACUCCCAAUCGGCCAGUUGUACUAAUCCUGGAUGGCCUGGAUCAAAUAAACGACGUGGAUGUCCAACACAUGGUCCAAUGCCUUCCUUCCCCUCUCCCCGCUAGCGUCAAGCUCAUCCUGUCAGUGUCCAACCGUCGCACGCAGGCCUUACAAGCCAUCCAACUACACUAUCCAGAAUGCACUUCUUCACCUCUACCUGUUUCGCACAGCAUUGUGCCUACCAAGGACAAGGAGAGGAAGGGUUUACUGAUGGAAACGGGUCAGACACAGAGCAAAGGCUAUAGCUUUGUAGAGUUGAAGUCGGUGGAGAGGAGACAGUGUAUCAGAAUGGUUGCCUCCCUGCUCAGCCUUUCUGGAAGGAGAGUUACCUCUGGGCAGCAGACUCUGGUUAACAAGGCUCUGGGCUCUUGUUCCCAGAUUUUCUACGCUCGCCUCCUGCACUCCCAAACUUUGCACUGGACCUCAGAUUCGGAAGUGAUGGAAUCCUCGCUCCCUAAUGGCGUCCAUGCAUCUAUUUCUGCACUGCUGGACGUCCUCGAGCAGAAACACGGUCCGACUCUGGUGCCUCGCUGCCUGUCCUACCUCACCCUCUCCAGGACUGGGCUCACGGAGGCCGAGCUCACUGACCUGUUGUCCAGUGACGACGAGGUGUUGAUGACGCAGUACAUGCUGAGAGGUCAAGCGCACUCAUGCAGGUUGCGGGUACCUCACGUGGAUGUGGAGAGACUCCUGCUGGACCUGAGGAUGUUCCUCGGAAGGAGGACUGUGGCUGCUGGGGCACCCCUGUUGUUUUGGGUGUGCAGGCAUUUCGGCCUGGUGGUGACUAAGAAGUAUCUAGGUUGUCACGAGUUGAGGGAGCAGCUUCAUUCAUUGAUGGCAGACUAUUUCAAUGGCCGAUGGGCGUUUGGAAAUGCAAAACCACUCAUUAUUACGAGGAAGUCAGAGCCAUCAGGAACAACAGAGUUGGGGUCAAGCAAAACUAAUACGGCUUCUGAAAUGGCCGAAAUGGCCGUGUACAUAGACAGGCAGCCACCAUGUCAGCCCUUUGUCUUCAGGUCUUCCGAUGCUUUGUCCUCUGCUUGCAAAGAGGGAAGUCUAGUGAACCUGAGGAGGAUCAUAGAGCUGCCCCACCACUUGCAAGAAAGCAAAAGGUGGGAAGAGUUGGAGCGCAAGUUAUUACUGUCUCUUGGCUUUCAGCAGGCCAUGGUUCUAGCAGGUCUUUUGGGGGAUCUGGUAGACAUGUUGAUGGGAGAGAAAAGGUCACAAGUGGUUACUUUGCCCAGGGAACGAGCCCUCUUAGCCAGCAUGCUGAAAUCAACUGCAUGCAUCCUUCAAAGCUCUCCCGAGGAGCUCCCAAUGUUGAUGGAGUGCAGACUUCUUCCUUUUGUCGGAAUCUACCAAGAACUUGAAGUCUACAUUCAGGAUAUUGAACAGGAGAGGAGAAGAAGAGGAAGCGGCAUAAGUGUUGUUCUUUGCCCUGCUUCUUCCAUACUCCCCUCAAUUCAGUGUUCCUUGAGUGAGGGGAUACAAGGGCAAGGCUGUAUCAAAGAAGUCGCUUUGACAGCCUGCAAUGUUGUAGUUGGGGUCAUGGAAAGUGGAAUUGCUUGGAUGUGGAGAAGCCCAUGGAGGGAGGUAGAGGAACUGUCCUUGAGCAACAAACAACUCAAAGUGGAGUUUUCUCGAGUGAUGAGCACUGGUAGAAGAAUUUUGCUUUCCACAUACUGCAACAUGCUUUUCUUAUUGGCUGUCACCAGUCCAGAGAUGUUUGUAGAAGUUGAGGGCCCACUGGAAACUGAGGAGUUCCAGGGUGAGACAAAUCAGCACAUGGUCGAGGGAUGUGUGGAGACGGAGGAGCAUCUGUGUGUGUGGUGGAAGGACAAACGUUUUGUGAGUGUGUUUCGUGGCGUGAACGGCAAACCUCAGAAUUUUCAGUGUCAGAACCCUGUGACCUGUUUGGUUUGUUCCGAUGAUGGUCGUUUCAUGUAUUGUGGGCAGGAGACGGGGGCAGUGGCUAUAUUUGACAUUUACAACACCAAUCCCGUUUGUGAAUGUUCAAACCCAAAUCAGAAUGCUAUUCUGUCAAUAAUCCUCUGUGAAGAACAGUGUGAUAUGGCGUGUGUUGACAUUACCGGAAAUAUAAUGCUGUGGAAUGUGGAUGGAAGACCAACCCAACCUGCUUUUCAACUUGAGUGUUUUAGUGAUAAAGGUGGGAACAGCGUUCUCAAUAUGGAUUACUCGUAUGAACUAGCCACCUUAUUGGUUUGCAAAGCUCAACAGAUUACACUGUGGAACACAUGUGAAUGGGUAAUGUUGGGCCAGUUUAUGACUCCACAGGGAAAGGCUUUCCUCCAUGCAUUGCUAGCCCAGGAAGGUCAUCUCUUUCUGGCUUUGCUACAAUCCUGUUCCCUUGUCCUGGUGUGGAACAUAAGCAGUGGGGAAUGUGUUCUUUCCCUUGACACAUGCAGCAGCACGUCUGUUCCUAGACUUCUCAAAACAGCCUCGGGUUUGAUAACUAUCACUCCUCAUGGCUGUCUCUCAAUGUGGGAAGUUAUAAAUGCAGCUGGUAUGUCCCCAAAAAUGUCACAUGGGGUUAGCCAGGUGGUGGCCGACGAGGUUGGGGAGAAGUUUUACACAGCAGACGGCUCUAUAGCAGUAUGGGGUUGGAGCUUGCGGACAGGAGAUCCGGAAGUGAACUUCAUUCAUGAUGGGCCUGUGGAAAAACUCAUGCUCUCUCCAGACAACAGCCAUCUUGUGUCAGUUUCAGGUGGAGAUAUCUACGUUUGGCAACUGGACACGCGUCAGAACAUCUUCCGUAUCAGAGGCAGCAGUGCAACAGUCAUUCUCAUCACCCCAAACAGUAAAUUUGCGGUGAGUCUCUGCGAGAGAGGCCUAUCGCCAGUUUGGAACCUGCAAAACGGUGGUGUUGUGUGCCAUAUACAACUUUACCUAGACGCAGCCAAGGUGUCACCUGAGAGCACCUUCCUGAUUGGCCUUCACCAAGGAGACCUGCUGGCCACAAACCUUUGGUCUGGCACUGUCAGCAGGCGCUUCUCUCAUGCAGCGCACUCUGAGCAUGUUGUGGCGUUCCACAUGCUUCCACAACAGCCAGACUUUGUGCUGGUGAUGGGUUCCAGUGGAGUCGUGUAUACCUGGAAGGUACCUGAGGACACAAUGUUGCAGCAGUUUCAACUCCCUCGCUCAUUCAGCAUUCAGCCACAUGUCGUCCAGACAUCCUCCGCUGGAAGCUUCAUGCUCCUUUCCACAAACAACGACGGCAUGGCGUACUUGGACCUCUCCACACACCAAACCUGCUCUGUGAAGGUUGAAGGUGCUGCUUUUGCAGUGUGUCUGGACAAAGCAGGGCGCUACGCUGCAUGCCUGUCUCAGCCCUCUGCCCUGACCGCACAGUGUUCCUGUGAUGUGCAUCCAGAGUCCGUGCUGACGGUAAUACGACUCGCCGAUGGGGGGAAAGUGGGGACGUUGCGUAUGUGCAAGACGCCAUUGGCCGUGGCUGUGUGUGAGCAGCUGUAUGUAUAUGUGGGGUUUCAUGAUGGCUCUGUGGCUGUGUAUUCCAUCUUGGAUCUCAUAAAUAAACAGGAAUGUUCUGUUAGGGGCAGGGACAAUUUGAUUGGCUUGAAAAAACAUUGCUUCUGCGGCACAGUCCUUAUGAGAUUGUCACCUUUAGCAUUCCCUAAUAUUACAUGGCCAUAAAGACCUAUCCCCCCUGAACAAAAUGAAAAGAUGAAAUACUGUAUUGAUCUUACACUGCUUUGGUGUUCGUUCAUGACUUUUUCUUUGUAAUGGCUAACUGCUACUUUAGCUCAUCUAUCUUUAAUUUUAUCACAGAAAAUAAAACACUAAGAUUGUGUAUCUGUACUCACAUAAAUAACAGUAAUAUAUGUACAAUUAUUCACACACACACACACACACACACACACACACACACACACACACACACACACACACACACACACACACACACACACACACAUACACACACACACACACACACACACA